GGAAGCCGGAUGUCAGCGGCGAGGGGGCGGGGCUGCUGGGGGCGGGGCGAUAGAUGGCCUUUUCCGCUUCCGUCGAGGAGAACCUGGGGCUGCAGUCAUGAGUCGUUUCAAAUUCGUGGAUAUUGGUAUCAACUUGACAGAUCCUAUGUUCAGAGGAAUUUAUAGGGGGGUUCAAAAGCAUCAAGAUGACUUACAGGACGUAAUAGAGAGAGCUGUUCAGAUUGGUGUUAAAAAGUUUAUGAUUACAGGUGGAAAUCUACAAGACAGUGAAGCUGCACUGCAUUUGGCACAAACAAAUGAUAUGUUUUUCAGCACCGUUGGGUGUCAUCCUACAAGAUGUGAUGAAUUCGAAAAGAAUGACCCUGAUCGUUACCUGAUGGAGUUGCUGAAUCUUGCUGAAAGCAACAAGGGGAAGGUUGUAGCCAUAGGGGAAUGUGGACUUGAUUUUGACCGACUACAGUUUUGUUCCAAAGAUACUCAGCUCAAGUAUUUUGAAAAACAGUUUGAACUGUCAGAACAAACGAAAUUACCCAUGUUUCUUCAUUGUCGGAACUCACAUGCUGAAUUUUUGGACAUAAUGAGAAGAAAUAGAGAUCGGUGUGUAGGUGGAGUGGUGCAUUCAUUUGAUGGUACCAAGGAAGCAGCAGCUGCUUUGAUGGACUUGGGUCUCUAUAUAGGGUUCAAUGGUUGCUCACUGAAAACUGAGGCUAAUUUGGAAGUUCUCAAGUCAAUACCUAGUGAAAAAUUAAUGAUUGAGACUGAUGCACCUUGGUGUGGAGUCAAAAAUACACAUGCUGGAUCAAAAUAUAUAAAAACUUCAUUUCCUACCAAAAAGAAGUGGGAAAACGGGCACUGUUUGAAAGACAGAAAUGAACCCUGCCACAUAAUUCAAAUACUGGAGAUAAUGUCAGCAGUAAGAGAUGAAGAUCCAUUGGAACUAGCCAAUACACUAUAUAACAACACUAUUAAAAUAUUUUUUCCUGAUAUGUAAUUGUAUGUCUCCCAUUUUCCCACCAUGUAUAUAAAAUUUCAUGAUAAAACUUAAGUUUCAAUAAAGGAAUUCGCUGGAA